GUCACAAGCUCUCAGGAGGGCAGAGUCGCCCUGAGGGACAGGUGACAAAGCUGUCACCACGCUGGGCUGCCCGGCAUCUCCCAAACGCCCUAGAAGGCACUGAACCGGCCGGCCCAAUGUCGGUAGUGGUGGCUGUCAAGCGCGCUGCCGGAGCAGUGGUCGCGAGGUUUCUGACCCCAAGCCGGUCCCGACGUCCCAGCUCAGUCACCGCCUCAGUGUACCUGGCACAGAGGGCUCGGCUUCCGCGGCGGAAACCAGGGAUCUUCCACACGUCGAGAGGGCGCGCGGCCGCGCAGAGCCUGUCGGGAGCGCGCCAGGCCCCACGCUCCCGGCUUUGUUGCGCGAGGCUGUACGUCACUUCCGCUGCGACUAGAAGUGGGCCCGCCCCCAGCGCGACCGUAACCCAGGGCAACGGCCCGGCGGUAGCUGUCUGUGUUGCUCUAGCCCGCCGGCCGGGACUAGCUGCUCCGGGGCCUUCCACCCUGCUUGCCCCCAUGAAAGUGUAAGCGGCCGCGUCCCCGUCCCCGGGGCAAGGCCCCGGACCCCUCCACGGGCAGCGGAGAGAAGCGCGAAGAAGCAACCCUCAGGCAGGGAAGCCGAAGAGACGUAGUGCGGCCCAGGACUGGACCAGAGCCGCGGUGCGGGGAAGAUGUUAAAAACUAUAACUAACCAUCCCGGUAAUGGAUCUCUGUCAGGAAAGUGAGACUCAUUUAGAAAAUAAUGAAAAUAAUGAAAUUCAAAGCACAGAAGAAACUGAACUAACCUUUAUUUGUCCAGAUGGAAAGAGUGAAAAGAAUCAUGUGUGUUCUCUUCUCAACAUCAGUGAUAUUACGCUUGAAGACGACGAAAGAGCCACCGAGUUGGUUAUGGGCACUGGCUGGGAAGAAGCCGUCCGAGGCUGGGGAAAGAUUUCUCCAACUGCCUGCAUGUGGCCAAGGAAGAAACUAAAAAAGGCGAGGGUAGGAGAAAGUGCCAACAGCAAUUGCUUAUUCUGUCUCAGCCUCGCCCAAGGGAGCCUGGAAGCCAGCCUUCCCACAGAGACCGGGAAAUUGGAAGCAGGGGCUGUGGCUGAGGGGGGCCUUGAGAAGAAUAGGAGCAGCACCCUCCAGACUCAGGGGCCCUACCAAGGUCCCAACACCGCUUCCAGGGAGGUUAACAAAAUGUGCUUUCCCCACUACAUUCAUGGAGAAAAAAAAAGUCUGCAAAUCAAGGAGUUUUUAUGGUGCGUGGAAGACUGGGCCCCCGAGAUUAACGGUGGCAAGGCCGCUGGGAGUCUGAGUGGAGGUGCCAACAGAGGGCUUUCCAUCUCUGACUCCUUGACUUCCAAGGCCCUCCUAGUCCUGCCUCCCCUAAAACCUUCACCUUCAAGCAGCUUGGAUGUUCUGGGUACGAAGAAUAAGAGUGUGACCUGGCAGAUGGAAGACAAGAUGCCGAGUGUGGAGAAGGAUGAGUGUGUGGCUUGUGCACAUGCAUUGGAAACAGUGGACGGGAAAGGCAAGAAGAGACCCCUUGAGCUGGCCAAGCUGAAGGUCCACACCACACCAGCUUUCCCUGCGGUCCGGACGGCCCCGCUGGCUGAUAUCGAGCAGUGCUAUCUGCGUUGGCCCUUCCUACCCAAGAAAAGCCUGCUAUACCCUUCCAGGCUCAGCCCUGUUCACUACCUUGCCACCUUGCAGCUUUUGCAGAAACAGGAAGUGCAAAGGCACAAAGCCAAAUUCAGAGCCAAGGAGCUGAGACCACCCAGAAACACUCGGAAGUACGAUCUCACAGAGGCCACACAGGAAAACAGACCCCGAAUGUUGGAGACCAAAAUGUUCUCAAGACCUCUCUUGCCGUCCCUCACAGUGAGCAGAGUUGUUAUCCCCAUUUCCACUCACAGAUUCCUCUGACUUGUCACAAUAGAAGUCCCUGAAAAUAAUCACUGCUUGAAAUUCAUUUGUCCUUUCUCCCCAUUUCCUCCUCUCCUCCUCCUUCAUUUUCUUUUCCCUCUUCUGUCUCCAUUCACCCUAUUUAUUUAUUUUUAAACUAGAACUAGAGGAGAUUGAACCUCUUUGGAUGGGUUUGGACUUAGCAGAAGUAGGUAACAUGCUGCUAAGCCAUGUAUAAAAUGAAAUUUGGCAGUGCUAGUCCUCACCUUUGCCUGCCUUCCUCCCUGCCCAGUGGAAGCCACAGGGAAGGUAGACAAUCCAAAGGGCCUCCCUCUGUGUCAUCCCCAUGCCAGCCCAAGAGCCAUCUGGCAGGGACUACCCCAGUGCCUUAAGCUAAGUACACUGGGUUGACUCAGACUAAAUGCUUUCUGAUCUUUUGAACCAGGCAGUAUAUGUCUACUGCCUCAUUUUCUUUUGAAAUAAAGAUCUGAAGCACUGCUUUCAUAGGAAAUUCUAGCCUGUGUCCAUGUGACAAUCCUGGUGUCUAUCCUUGCAUCAUGUCCAGGGACAUAUGCUGUCCAUUGUCUCCUGUAUGUCCAGGGGUCACAUCCUGAUAUUACAGCCUCAAGCUAAUUUGUGUCUCUAGAAGUUUUGGCCAGAGUUUUACAAAAUCCAGUCUGAGGAGCAGGUUAAGAAUAAUUACCUAUUUGGAAAAAAAAAAAAGUCACUGUGAUUAUCAUACCCAACCUACUUCCUCCAGCCAUACCUUGCAUCUGGAUACUUGGGAAC